AUGGCUACGAAAGGGCAUACCGUCCUCCAGGGACUCUCGUACAAGCUCGGUCCCCGAACACUUCAGGUCGCUGUGUCUCCGAGACCGACGAGGUUUGCUGAGCGACGCGCAGUUCUGCACUCGCUGCAAAAGUUCGCUCAGGUCGAGGUGUUCAAAAAGCAAGAUGACCAGAACUCGUCGUUCAUUACGGUGGUGGCCGAAACGUCACAGGCGAAGGAACUCAUCAAGAUGAGCCCGUUGCACUACCAACUCGCAACACCUCGAUCGAACGGAUCCGUCAAGACCUUUUUGACGAGCGCGACCCCGACCGAUCCCAUCAUUACCAAGAACACGGAAGACACGGACGAAGCCGACGAGGCCACGACUGAUGAGGUUCACAAGGACUUCACGGUGCAUAUCUUUCCGGCAGAGUCAUACAUCCACUCGGCUGCCAUUAGGAAGUCGCCGCUCCACGGACCUUGGCCCGAAGACCGCCCACGAACCGCCAUGAAAGUAAUGAUGAAGGAUGCUCUGCCUGACAACAUUGCGGCUGAAGGGCUGUCUGACUGGGAGGCAGGCGGACAGAUCCCGGCCUCUGCUAGAAGCCAGCUUUGGGAGGACAUCCUCCUCGGUACAAAGUCGGUGGAUGUGAGAACACGCGCCAUCAUCGACCGCGCUGAAAAUCGCGAACGGCGAGAGAAGCUUCCUCCCAUCAUGCAGGGACUUUUGCAUCUUCGGCAGUAUCAAGGGAGGGACCAGCCGGCAGUAAUACGUAUCAUCAUGGCUGUCACCGGCUUCAUUCACCACUUUGGUACCUUUCUGCUCCUCGUAGCAACGGUCCUUCUGGUUGUCACCAGCAUCUCUUCACCUGUGGUGAACAACAUCUCCAUCUUGACGGUGAAGCUUGGCGAUGCUUCCGCAGGCAACGAGAUCACAUUUGGCACCUUUGGAUACUGCAUCCGCGGCGCGAACGCUGAUGGCUCCGACAGAUGCCCUAGCGCCCGCAUCGGCUAUGACCCGGCCCAGAUCGUGACCGAGGCCGAUGGCACCCGUUACUCCGGCUACUCUUCCAACACCGCCGAGGCUCUGACGCGCGUCAUGAUCCUCCACCCCAUCGGCGCCGUCGUCGCCUUCAUCGCCUUCGUUCUCUCCGUUGGCGCCGGCUUGUUCGGCUCUCUCUUCGCCGCGCUCACUGCCGGCUUCGCCUUCAUUAUUACACUCGUCGCCCUUGUCUGCGACUGGGUGGGCUUUGCUCUCGUGCGCAAGAACGUUAACGAUGACGAUGACGGCGGAGACAGCGCCAGCUACGCCCACUUCGACGUCGCACUCUGGACCCUGCUGGCUGCCGCCAUCUGCUUGCUGCUCGGCACUAUCAUCGUCUUCUUCACCUGCUGCAGCGGCCGUCUGCACAAGCGCCGCCAGCAGAGGGCUAAGGUCGACCACUACUCUCCUCCCGCCACCCACACCCCGUACCGCCGCCGCCGCUGGUGGCAGCGCAACCGCUACUAA